AAUUAGAUCCAGUACCAAUAUACAUACUUAUAUAUACAUUAUAUCGUAUACAAAUAAAAAUGCCAGCUUUAGAAGAAUAUGAAUUAACAGAAGCAGAAAAACUCGCAAAACAACAAUUUAGAUUAUAUUAUAAAGAAGCAUAUUUUAUACCAUGUGAUAUUGAUAAUAUUGAUGUUUUACCAUCAUGGUACGAUGAAGAGAAAUAUAAACGUGGACAAAAAUAUUUUCAAGAAAAUCGUUCUGGAAUUUUAACAUCAAAUUUAAUUGGUUUAAUAUGUUUAUUAGCUGAACCGAAAGGAUUAAAAAUUUUAUCAUCAACUGGUAAAUCAAGUACAAAAGAAACAGCUAAAAAACGUUACCUAAGCACAGUUUUACAUACACUUAAGUGGUAUGAAAUUGAUUUAACACCCGGUUCUGAAUCUCGGAAAUCAUUGGCUACUGUAAGAAAAUUACAUUUUGCUGCAUCAAAUAGUGCUAAUGAAAAGAAAAUUGGUCAUAUAACACAAACUGAAUUAUCGUUAACAGCAUUUGGUUUUAUGGGAUUAGUUUUAGUGCGGGCUGAUAUUUUAGGUAUUCAUACAGAUAAUCAAGAAGAUCGUGAAGCAUUUGUACAUUUAUGGGCUGUUUUAUGUAAUUUACUUGGUGUUCAAGACAAAUAUAAUAUUUGUCUAUUACGUUUUGAUGUUUUAGAAAUUUUAUGUCAAAUGUUUAUACGUUAUGUUCUAAUACCAAUAAUACAAAUUGAAUUACCGGAAUUUAAACAAAUGACCCAAUGUAUGUUAGAUGGUGUAGGUGAAAUAUUACCACAUAUGGAUUAUGAAUCACAACUGUUUUCAGUUAAAUUAGUACUCGGUUUACCUGGUUAUCAAUAUAAAGUUGGUCAUGAUAAAGCAUUAUUAUGCCGUUCGAUAUUAAAUCAAAAUGAUAUUGAUGAUGUUAAUAUUUUUUUACGUGAUAUCAAAACAAUUGAUUAUUUUCGAUAUACAAUUGAUAUACCAAUUAUUGAAAUACAUAAAAUUGAUAAAUAUACAACAACAAUAACAAAUGAAAUAAAACAAUCUGAUUUAGAUAUUAAUAAAAAUAUAAAUUUAAAUAUAACAAAUAUUGAAAUGAAUGAAUUGGAAAAGAAAAUUCAUUCUAAUUUACAAUUAAGUAAUACAGAAUGUAUUAAAAUUUAUUAUAUUGAUUAUGAAGAAGAAUGGAUGAAAUGUUUAAAUAAUGAUAAAUUUUAUCAAUUAUCUGCUAAAGCACAAAGAAUUAUUAAUUUUAAGAGUUAUGGUAGAACUUUAUUAGAUUAUAAAAUACCAAGAUAUUUAGUUCAUUCAUUUAUGAGUUUUUUAUUAAAUCGUAUAAGAAAACAAAGUGUUAAAGAUAAUUCAAAUCGUAAUAUUACAAAAUCAAAAAGUGAAAGUAUUUUAAUUAAAUGACAAUUAAUUAAUCAAUGGAUUCUAUUUCCAUUGAUAAAAAUUGUGAUAAAUUUUUGUGAAUAUUUUAAAAGAACUUAGAGUUUUUAAGACAUAUAAUAGGUUUUAAGAGAUGUGAAGAGAAAAUUGAAGAGAAAUAAUUUUUUACUAUUUAAUAAAUUUAUAAAAUGUUUACUUUUUAAUUAAUUAAUCACAUAUAUGUUAAAUAAUAUUUAAUAUUAUAAAAAAAACUUUUUGGCUUUAAAUGAAUUUUUAAAAGGAAAUUUUUGAUAUUUACUCUGGCCUCGAAACUGCAAUAAUUUCUUAUACAU